UUAGACCGAUGCAAAUUUUGAAGUUCUUGCUCCCCUAUGCUUAAUCGAUGCCUUUUGGGGUCCUUAUAAUGCCCUAAAAAAUUGAACUAAUUUGGUUUGAAUUUGAAUGAGCACACGCCAUUUGAAUUUUGUAUGAAAAUUAAUAUGGGAAAUGUAAAUCUUGCUUUUCGGCCCUAAUAUUGUUUUGUAAUAAUACCUAAAAAAUAAGACUCCCACGGAUUCCCAUUGCCCAAAUUGGACACUAUCAAACUUCCGAAGACAUCAUAGCCGUAAAACCUAUGGAAAAAUUGUUAUUCAAUUUAAUUCAAACUGAAUACUUUGAAAAGGAUGAGUAAUUUUAAUUUCUGGUAACACUGCUGGAGGAAAAUUAUUCCAAGCAGGCUUAGCGGAAAAGCUUGUUUUGAAUUGUGACAAGAUGGAAAGCGCUAUGGAAAUCGAUAGUCCAAAACCCCUUCGAUCCCGUUUACAAGUUUUUCUGGUUGGACCGGUGAAAAUUGACUUUUUGUCUUCCCGAAUCCCAACUAGAAAGGAAGUUUUGCAGGUGUUUUUUUUAUUUCUUUAAAGUUGAUAAAUGUUCAAUAAACGAGAGCAUAAAAAGAACGGCGGAAAAAGUCAUGAGCCUUAAUUUUGAUAAUAAAAAACGGAUUGAUCACAUAAAAGUGGAAAUCAAAAAGCUUCACGGAUACUGGCGAGAUAUCAAUUCCAACAGAAAACGAAAAACUGAAGCCAAACGACAGUCGAAAUUUAUUCAUGCUAUGGAAAAGCCAUUUAAUUGUACAUUGACAGUUUUCAAGGAUGAUGGAACGGCCUCUCCUGACGAAUGCAUUAACGACGAACAUACGGUGGAAUCUAAUGAUAAUGAAAAAUCAAAUCCGGUUCCUGUACGAUCAAAUUUACUAACCACAAAUGUAACAGCCGCCCUGGAUAGAGUAGGAGUUACAGAUCGGAAAGCCGAAAUCAUACUUGACGCUCUAUUAAAGGAUAAUCAUUUAGACGCUUCGAAACAAUACAAUACAAAUUACAGUUCCAUACGCAGACACCGAAUGAAAAACCGUGAAAUGCUGUCGGACGAGAUUCGAGCACGUUUCGACCCUGAAAUUCCGCUAACGGUCCACUGGGAUGGGAAAUUACUCCCUGACCAAAACGGGAAGAAGGUGGAUCGUCUUCCAAUCUUAGUGACAGGCGAAAACAUAUCUAAGAUUUUGGCUGUUCCAGCGCUGCCCAAAGGUACCGCUAGUAUUGAGGCCAAUUCAAUCAAGGAAACGUUGGAAGACUGGGGAAUUACGGAUCGAAUAUCGGCCAUGUGCUUUGAUACAACGGCAGUCAAUUCAGGACAGCGCAUGGGCGUCAUCAAUCAACUACCGAGAAUGAUUGGGAAGAAGAUGCUACCGCUGGCAUGCCAUCACCACGUAGCGGAAGUAGUACUUAAGCAUGUCUUCGAAGUAGUGGGAGAUGAGUCAAGAUCCGGCACAUUUGACGAGUUCAGAUCAUUCCAAUCGAAAUUGAAUGAUGGCAUAAUCGAUGUGAAGAAGUACCGAACCGCAAUGACCUAUUCCGCUUUGCGCCGUCAAGUAAUGCCGUGGAAAGAUUCAGUUAUUGCCUUUUGUCUAGAGCAACUGCAAAUCAGGCAACCACGAGGAGACUAUAAAGAACUUUUGGAGCUCGUUGUGAUGUUUCUUGGUGCGAAUCCUCCUCAAGGGCCUCGGUUUCGUAAGGCUGGGGCAAUAAGCCGGGCAAGAUGGAUGGCACGCGCAAUUUAUACAUUGAAGAUUUGGAUGCUUGGCGGACAAUUAAAGGAAAUCGGUACUACCCUAAUGAACCAUUAUAAAACGAUUUGUGUAUUCAUUGCGCAGUGCUACGUGAAGUUUUGGUUCCGAUUAACACUUGCUGCUGCUGCUCCCAGAGUAGAUUUGGAGUUUGUUAAAGCAGCCUUCGAUUUUCAAGAAAAGAAGUACUCGCAAAUCGCCAUACGGGCAUUUUCCAACCAUCUCUGGUAUUUCAGCGGCUCAACUAUCGCUCUUUCUUUUUUUGACAACAAAGUGGAAACAGAAGAAAAGCGAGAAAUGGUCAAGGCACUAACCAAAUCAAAAAUCCAAACCGUAGAUGAGCAGAACCAGUACAAACCACCAUGCAAGCCAACCGAAAUACACAAAAAUUCCUGUUUAAGUGAUUUCAUUACUGCGCAGUCCUAUGAUUUUUUCGAAAUAUUGAAUAUUGACAAAGAUUUUUUGACCAAGGACCCCGAAGAAUGGCCGCAAAUGAAGGAGUACAUUGUUGCACAGAACCGGGUUCAAGCGUUGCAGGUAGUCAAUGAUAUUGCUGAAAGGGCAGUUAAAUUGGCUAGCGACUUCAAUGGAAAAUUAACCAAAGAUCCUGAUCAAGAACAGUUUUUGCUACAAGUUGUGGAAUAUCAUCGUUCAUUGAACAAAUAGAAUAGUAAAUAAAUGGUUAAACUCAUCAUUUAGUUUUAUUUAAUUUUUUAUAAGUAAAAAUAUUAAUAAUCUUUCGCAUAAGUUGCUAAGCGAGGUUUAACUGAUGCUGAUGAUGAGAAACAAACCCAUGCUCAAGGUACCUAGUUAUUUUGGGAGUCAAACCCUUUCCACUACCGGUGUUCGAUAUACUGGGCGCCCCUCUGCCUUUCGCCAAAUUUGGAAAAAAAAAACUUCCUUGUCACCUUUUCUGCGUACGAAUGCUCCAAGACCAAACGAAUAAAAAAAACUUGAGCGAGCAACCUUUAAAUAAAAUCCAUUAUCUAUUAUUGUUAUGAGGAUAUUCAAGCCAGAAAAUCAUUUUCAAUUAGUGCUGUAUAGGGUCAGUUUAUUGUUCGAAUUAGUUCAAGUUUGCUGAAAUUAGUUCAAAAUUUUUACAAAAACGAGUAUUUCAGUUUUGUGGGUAUCUUGCCGGGAUUACAGGCAAUAAAAAAAAUACGUCGGCUCCCUCAUGGUAUCAGUAGGACGGCUAAAGGGGCACUCCUCCCUCCUAAUAAUUGUACUAUAGAAAUACGGUCUUUUUCGCCAACCCAAAAACAAACACUAGGGAUCGUCUUUUGAACUGUAGAUUUCCAUUGCACUUGUCAUGUUGACAUAAUUCAAAACAAGCUUUUCCGAUAAGCCUGCUAGGAAUAAUUUUCCUCUAGCAGUGUUACCAGAAAUUAAAAUUAAGCAUCAUUUUAAAAGUAUUCAGUUUGAAUUAAAUUGAAUAACAUUUUUUCUAUAGGUUUUACGGGUAUGAUGUCUUCGGAAGUUUGAUAGUGUCCAAUUUGGGCAAUGGGAAUCCGUGGGAGUCUUAUUUUUUAGGUAUUAUUACAAAACAAUAUUAGGGCCGAAAAGCAAGAUUUACAUUUCCCAUACUAAUUUUCAUACAAAAUUCAAAUGGCGUGUGCUCAUUCAAAUUCAAACCAAAUUAGUUCAAUUUUUUAGGGCAUUAUAAGGACCCCAAAAGGCAUCGAUUAAGCAUAGGGGAGCAAGAACUUCAAAAUUUGCAUCGGUCUAUUGA